AUGGCUCGUCCGAAAACCAUGAAACCGCACAUUGUUCGCAAAGAUGCUCGUGAUGAUGAAGCUUCACAACCUGUCUGCUCAAAUUGUAGAACGAUGACUACACCGUUGUGGAGGCGCGAUAAAGAGGGCCAAACCCUUUGCAAUGCCUGCGGAUUAUACUUUAAAUUACAUCAUGAAAGACGUCCAUUGUCCAUGAAGACUGACGUUAUAAAGAAACGACAACGAUAUGAGAAUGGGCAAGCGCCUAGUCGCCGUGGAGGAAAAAAACGAUUACACGAGAAUAGUCAGCAGGAGAUCCAACAACCGCCACAACAACCGCAACAACAGCAACAGCAACAGCAGCAACAGCAACAAGGACAGCAACAUCAAGUGGUGUAUAAUGGAUCCAACAGGUCUAUGAACGUUCCCUCAACAGCUGUUUCUCAAAUGGGUCCAAUUUCAGUUGGACAAUCAUCAUCUUCCGGUUUGAACGCACAUCAAUCACCUAGCACCACCCCCAUAAAUGGAGGAUUUCCAUGA